UCUUGAACUUCCUUCACAACAUCUUGAAUUUCCUUCUUAGAAUUGCUUAGGACAACGUCAGAUCUCUGUUGAUACAAUAUUUCAGCCUUCGGAGUUUGAUAAUUCUCACUUUAAGCUUGGGAGUUUCUUCGCUAUUACCAUAGAUGAGACAUAGGAACAUAAACUUCUCAGGAGAAAAAUUUCUUACUGCUUAAAUAUCUCUACUUCAUAAUUAACAAUCAAGCUUAGUUUGUUAACAACAAAAACUUGUUUGAUUCGUAAGGCAGAUGUUCUAGAUUACCUUAGCAUUAUUUGGGCAAUGUCAUCUUGCAACAGCAAAUGAACUCUGGAUUCCUAAUGCAGGAUUGAACUUCAAUUUGUGCACUUAUCCAUGGUGAAUAGGUGAUUCUUUGGUUUUUCAUUUUACUAGGGAGGGAGGUGGAGGGAGAGAGGGAGGGGGAGAGAGAGAGUGAUACUUGUCAUAAUUGAUUUGAUAUGAUAUGUAAGAGAGAUGGAUUGGCCGCUUCUGUGUGUAUUAUGCAAACUUUAUCUUUCUUCCCCUUUUAUAUACUUCUGCUUUUAUGCUUAUUCUGAUCCCAAAGUUUCUCAUGAUCAGCUGCAGGAGAACAUUGAUCUCUUUUGUCGUGCAAGGAACAAUAUAAAUACAGUAUUAAAUGAAAUGAGAAGUAUGCCUGGGAUAAUGAGUCAGAUGCCUCCACUUUCUGUAAUCAUAAAUGAGGAACUUGCAAGUAGUAUUUUGCCUAGUUCAUCUCAGGUGAUUUUGCAGUCCUUGCUUUUGAAUAUCUCGGUACAUUGAGGAUAUCUUAAUUUCUCAUAAAACAUCUCACCCCUCCUAUUUUUUUCAUGCAUGAAGGGUGUAUGGGUUUCCUUGCUUCCUCUCAAUUUAAUAUCUUAUAUCAUACAACAUAAAGCUGACUAGUACUACUUGAUUAUCACUUGAUUUAAACUGAGAUCUGGUGCAAUGUUGAGUAUAAUACGAGCUGUGAUGGAAAACAUAGAAGACACUACUAGGAAUUUUUAAUAAUUCUUCCUUUUCUUUAUUAAGCCUUACAUUUUACUUCUGAGAAGUUUUCACUGGGUCAAGG